UAUAAGAACUCCUCCCUCCCCUUUUCCCUCUCGCUUUCAUCUUUCCCACUCACCCUACCCCAUAAUCACCACCCUCCUCCCUGCCAAUUAUUUCAAUUUCAAGAUUUUAUGGGUUUUGAGUGAUUUCUUCAACGGAUAUGUGGGUUUAUUAUCUGGGGUUUGGGUGAUAAAUUCUUGAAUCCGAUUUGGGGGAUCUGUGGUUGGGUUUUGUGAGGCAGUGGCCAGGGGAGUAAGGCAUGGCUACACGGGGAGGUGGAAGGUGUGGCGCAUAGAUGAAGGUGAAGCGCAGGGAGCGAUGGGUUUGUUGUGUUGAAUAGCAGCCGAGUCCCAAAUCGAAAGAGACAAUACCGUGAGAGUGAAGAGAGAGAAAGAAUGGAGGAUCGGGAGGAGCAGGUGCUGGGGUCGAGCUUGACGAUGGAGAAGGUGGCGGCGACCAAGCAGUUCAUAGAGAACCACCACAGAGCUCAGAUGAAUAACAUUCAGGAACGGAAGGAGAGGUUGGUUGCUGAGAAAAUGUGGGAAGAACGAAAUGUGUGGAGGAUUUUGAGGUGGUGGAGAGAGAGGAGGUGGCGGAGGAGCAUAGAGCUACUGGAGAUCGAAUGGCGGAGGACAACGAGAAGAUGGGGUAUUUUGGGAAGGAAAAUCUGAUUCCGGAUGGAGCCUUCUCCCCGGAAUCCAAAUACUACCUUCUUCUACGUAAUCCAAUUCCGACAAUAUUCGGAAUUGAAUUCCUGAUUUUACGUGAGGCCCACAGAACUGUUCAUUCCGGUUGAACUGGUAAACAGAGGAAUAAUCAAGAAUGGGGAAUGACUCCCGUUCGGCCAUUUCCUUUCCCCAUAUUGAGGAAGAAGCAAGAAUGAAGAACUACUCAGUUUCAACUAGGUGCUAUUAUGCGUUUGGGGCGCUUGUAUCUGAAGAGGUUUCACUCAAAAUCAAAGAGUUGCCUGGAGUCCGUUGGGUACUUCCCGAUUCCUACUUGGAUGUUAAGAACAAAGAUUAUGGAGGUGAACCUUUUAUUAAUGGCCAAGCAGUGCCAUAUGAUCCCAAGUACCAUGAGGAAUGGAUAAGAAACAAUAGUCGAGCAAAUGAGAGAAACAGGCGUAAUGAUAGACCUCGUAACUUUGACAGAUCAAGGAACUUUGAAAGGAGAAGGGAAAAUAUGCAGAAUCGUGAUUUUCAGAAUACGGGUCCAUCUCCUAUGCCUAAUCAAGCUGGGCCAAAUUCGGGACCUGGACCUGCCAACAUGGGUCCUCCACCCCCCAACAGGGGUCCAAUGUCUCCCAACAUGGGUCCUCCACCCCCCAACAGGGCUCCAAUGUCUCCCAACAUGGGUCCUCCACCCCCGAACAGGGCUCCAAUGCCACCUCCCAACAUGGGUCAACCAAACAACUACAAUAAUCCCCAGCCAAGCAACAACUGGAAUUCUGGGCCACCAAACAGCUAUAAUCAGGCGCCUCCCAACAGCUACAAUCAGAUGCCGCCCAACAACUACAAUCAGAUGCCUCCCAAUAACCCGGGAGGGGUGCCACCAAACAACAUGGCUCCGCCUUCUAAUGCAGGAUGGAAUGACCCUGGACAAUACCAGAAUAACUACACGCCAGACAGGGAUGCUGGAGUCAAUCCUGGUCCAAACCGUUACUAAGCUUGAGGCUAGUUGCGGUAUGAUGAGUCUUGAAGGCAUGUUGUAGAUAAACGAGGAGGUUGCUCGAGAUGGGCUGUAGGUUUCAAUGUUUCUGGUCUUGAAUGAUAUUUCGUUUGGCAUAUUGCUGUGGUCGGAUCGUGGUUGCCUUUCAUCCGAAUAUGAUUACACUUUCAAGGUCAUAUCUUAUGCGAUUAGUCGUGUCUUUACUUUGGUGCGCAGCAUGAGUUCUUUCAGGUAGUGCAUAUAUUGACAGAAAGCAGACUGCAUGGGGAUCCUUGUUAAAUGGAACAUUUUAAUUUGCAGUA